AUGAUGCCUUUGGUAUCUCCUCCGCGCACGGCGUCUGCGCCUUCGUACCGGGCUUCGGACGCCACCCAGUCCUCGUAUAAUGUAUACCAAGCUAUACCGGACUUCACCGCGUUGCACUCAGACCCGCGGCCGCGUCAACACUUCGAAGAAGAGCGCUUCCCACUACCGCCAUUCCGUCCCCGACACCGCGUGCGCCAACCUCGCGGCUGCAACUUAGUGCGACCCUACACUUUGGCCGGUGAGAUCACACGCAUGGUGCUUUACAACGGAUGUAGCGCCGCGCUUAGCAUAACCGCAGCCUUAAUAGUCUGGGUGAUGGCAGCUCUGUCUGUCCUGAUGAUACCUCUCUGCGGUUGCGGUGUUUCUGUCUUUAACGGAUUACUACACGCAGUCUUCUACUUAUGCUGCACUGACGCCUUCAUCUACAAUGCAUUGGCUGCAUCCUCUGCGGAUUGUAUUGACAUGGACCUGGCAGAGUGGGGAGUCGAUGUUACAAGUAGUGAAUUGCACCCUUUGUUGCCAAUUCGAGUGCCCCCGCCAAUCGGAGGAGCCGGAGAACAAAUGUUCGAACCGUGUCCGAGAUUCGAGAGAAGUCUGGGGACUCCAUCGCCCAGAUCGGUGCUUGCAGUGGCCUAUUUUGGCUGUUUCAAGCUGCUAGUCGGCGCAGGACAAGUGAUUACUGUGACGUUGGUGCUGGGAGUUCUCGGGUUCCUGAUUGGAGAUAAACGCGUCCCAAUUCAUUUGGACACACUCACGGUGCAACAUCCGUUCGCAGUGUACACGACGACGUUCGGGUUGUUGCUGAUAGCGCUGGCACUGCUCCAUGGGAUGACGAGGGUGUCCAAGCUUGUCACGCGGUUCUUCUGCUGCGACGCUCUAUCCUGUUGCAAGCACCAAAUCUGCUUCCGUUGUCUUUCCAAGACGUGCUCGAAGGCUGUCAAGAACUCGAUUCUGCCAACGUGCUGGAAGUGCGAUAAGGAGAUCGCGUUGAAACAAGUGGAGCUGGCUCUAAGCCGCUCAGAGUUCGCGUCAUAUAUGGCGUGGUACCGCAACGAGGCGUCUCCAACCGCAACUUGCGUCAGCUGCGUCGUCAAGAAGAAGCGAGACGAGUUCCGAGUCGCGCCCUGUGGCCACAACUAUUGCCAGCCGUGUCUGCUACGAAUGUGUCGCUUAGCAUUAGGCGAUCGCGCUCUUGUCCCGCUGCGUUGCUGCAAGAAGGAGCUUCCUGACGACUAUGUGCGUGAAGCGCUAGAAAAGCCUCAGGACUACGCCAAGUACCAAAAGCUCGUGCGGGAGAAAGACUGGAAGGUGUCGGAUCUCCAAUCCGAUGCCGAGUACUCGGCUACAGUGAGAGCCAUGGGAGGCAAACAGUGUCCUGGCUGUGGUAUCGGCGUGCAGCGAGACUUUGGUUGUGUGCACAUUGCGUGUCCCAAUGGACACCAAUUCUGCUACACAUGUCUGCGGUUUUGGGGAUCCUGCAACUGCCCAUUGAUCCCGGAAGCCGAGUUGCGACAGAUUCUCGGAGAGUAGUAGUGUUUUGGCUCUAGUGUCAGUUGCAGUGAGCUGCAUUGCAUGUUUGAGGUAAUUGUAUGGCUCUUUUUGAUUGA